CUCUUAUCCAUCGAUACACAGAGAAAACAAUAAUAUGAGCAAUCAUCAAACUCAGGUGUUGAAGCAAUUGGAGCCAUGGUGUGAACUUAAAGACAAAGUGGUUCUUGUGACAGGAGCUUCCUCUGGUAUAGGAAGAGAGAUCUGUCUUGAUCUUGCAAAAGCUGGUUGUAAGAUUAUCGCAGCAGCUCGUCGUGUCGAUCGACUCAACUCUCUCUGCUCUGAAAUCAACAGCUCCAAUUCAACUGGAACCCAAGCCGCAGCUCUUGAGCUAGACGUUUCAUCAGAUGCAGCCACCAUUCAAAAAGCGGUAAGGAAAGCUUGGGACAUCUUUGGAAAGAUAGAUGCGUUGAUCAACAAUGCCGGAAUCAGAGGCAAUGUCAAGUCGAGUUUGGAUUUGUCGGAGGACGAAUGGGACAACGUCUUCAAGACUAACUUAACGGGACCUUGGUUAGUAUCUAAAUAUGUUUGUGUUCUAAUGCGUGACGCUAAAAGAGGUGGCUCGGUGAUAAACAUCUCAUCGAUUGCCGGGGUCCGCGGUAUCUUGCCUGGUGGACUUGCAUAUGCUUGUUCCAAAGGCGGUGUUGACACCAUGUCAAGGAUGAUGGCAAUUGAGUUAGGUGUUCACAAGAUCAGAGUGAACUCGAUUGCGCCGGGGCUUUUCAAGUCAGAGAUCACACAAGGUCUUAUGCAAAAGGAAUGGCUCAAGAAUGUGACCGAGAGGACUGUGCCGUUAAAGGUGCAACAGACCGUUGAUCCAGGGCUUACUUCUCUCGUUCGCUAUCUCAUUCAUGACUCUUCUCAAUAUAUAUCCGGGAAUACAUACAUUGUCGAUUCUGGAGCUACAUUGCCCGGUGUGCCCAUUUUUUCAUCUCUCUGAAAGUUGAACCCUGUAUCUUGUGCUUAUGCAAUAAUAAGUGAAUACAUUUACA